AUGAUGGGAAUCCCGUCCCUCUGUCUGUUAGUGGCAUUCGACUUUCUAGUCGUCUCAGGCGUCCCCUACAAGCCACGAGAUUGCCUUACCAUGCUUGGGGUAGAUCCUGAAAUUUAUCAAACUGUGGUAAGCACUAAGUUCUAGUCGAGCAUACUUAAUAAUCUGAAGAGUUGAUUUGAUUCACAGCCGAAUUUAACCAGAAUGUUCUGAUGAGAAUCUGUGCUGAGGCACAGAUUCUAGGUCAGUGCAUAACUAAGCAUAACCUACCUUUUUAUAACACUGUCCCUGGGCUAAUACCUCCUUCUUAAAGUGUAAUUUAGGAAUAGUAAGACCGUGAAGGUACAGCGCGGCUGCAAAGGUGUUACUAAAAAUGGUUAUUUCUAAAGCAUGCACUUUUAAAAGUGUGAGAAAUAUUUCUUACACAUCGUGUUGGGAAAGGACGCUAUUUCAUAUCUGGGUAUAGGGGACUGGCUGAAGGUUAUCCCGAGGGGAGCGAUCAUCGUCUAAUUUAAAGUACACAUGAGAGUAGUAUAUGAGGAGUAAAUAAAUAAAGCAGUUCGCAUGAAUUGUCAAUGCUGAAUGACCGUUCGCAGAAUGAGAUCUCGAGAUCUUCUGUCCACGUUUGUGAAGCCAAUCGUAUGUCCUCCUGAAAGUAUUUUUGAAGACGUUUCGAAAUUUUUGUGGUCAAGCCGGUGAAAACGUCUGCGUAAUAUAUCACGAAUGAAGCGAGGACACUUGACUUACCCACAACUACGUCAUAUAUGGGGGCCCGAGGAGGGCCCUCUUUCCUUGUGCCUGCAACUGAAGGUCAGGUGGGGGGAUAUUUAAUCAGGAAAGAGUAAACGAAAUAUGUGAUCAGUAAAUUUGCUCGUGUUCUCAACUCCAAGGGUUGCGAAGUGUAGAGUCGAGUUUACCGGUAGUAAUGUAAAUGUCUACGUACCAUCUGCUGUCGAAAUGCACUGUUGGAGAGGUCACUGAUGAAUACGUCCCAUUCCUGUAUGGAAACCAUUAGUUUAAAAGUAGCCAAAUAGGCGAGGCAGUUAUACCGGAACAACCAGGUAAGACAUUUGGCCUCUGCAUCAGGACACUAAUUAGGAACUCUAUUUCUUUGUUGUUCCUCAUAUUCCACGCCUGAAUCUUCAUCAGCCAGCGCAUACAAGCCUCUGAAGUAGCAUUCUUAUGCCGUUGCGCACUUUUUAGACGUCGGCGUGUGUGUUGGUAGUCGGUUUUCGCUAGGGAGAACGCUGUAUUUAAAUAAACGCUUACUUAUGUGUGGGAAUGAAAUACCUCCAAACUUAGGACUCCUGAAAAAGAAAUGAACUUGAUGUUUGUUACCUCUAUCGAUGACAAUGACAGCUGCAGAUUGGACCCUGUACCCCAUAAUGCUGGAUCAAACGGGAAAUGAAUAGUCCGCCUAGGACAGUGUUUUUCUCUGGUAUUCUCGUCGUUAGCCAUGAUAAUCUGCUCUGGUCACGAAUUAGUAGUAGGGAGACUGUCGAGCGAUUAACGGUAAGAGGCAUAGUGCAAUCAUUUAAUGUUUUUAAGCGCUCUUGGUUGUCGACGGCGGUGCGCACGGAAAGCCACCGACGUCAGUCUUUGGUAUUUCAAUGUCGGUUGAUUUCAUAAAGAAUUACGUUUUUGUCAGCGGGGAGACCGGCAUAUUUGCGUAUCAGUGGCAACAAUGGGAGGGCCUUUUAACGGUCCCCAAGGUAGCUUAAAACUGUAAUCUUUGAUGGGUUAACAAGAUGAUCCAAAUAAUUGUCAGUCUUACUGCAGUAUACUGUGAAUAUUAGAUUUCUUCGAAAUAUCCUUUUUAUGCUUUUGGUCCUUUUCUAAAAUACAUAUUUCAAGGUUAAUUUUGUCAUUUACUUACGCCCAAAUCUCGUUUUGUUUUGUCUUCCAUCUUAACAAUGCUUUUUACUCCCUGUGCUACAGUGUUAACAAUUAAUUGGCGUACCUCUAGAUUACCUUUAACACACACUCGCCGAUCAACCUAUUUGAUCAAGGCCAAGCGCAAAAACACUUUCAGUAUUCCUGGAUGUCUACAUCCGCAUGCUUUUAGGCAAAGCCCAAACUCAAGAGCAUAUUGUGGUUUAAUGGCGGACUGUGUUUAAAGUUCGGACAGUAGUCAGAUUUCAUAUAAGGGCAAAAAUUGGGUUAAGAAUUAAGUUUAAGUUCUGUUUCAGAAUUUAAGUCACCGUUACAUGCGAAGUCCAAGUUCGUUUUUGUCUUAGAGUGUAGUUUUAAAUUCAGAUUACGGCGUGAGCUUGGGCUGACAGAGGUUAUUGGUCGGCGCCUUCGUAACCGUUUGUGCGGUUUCGUUUAUACCGAAUGGCUAGAACUCGCGUGUACUAAAAAGUACCUUUAUCUUUUAACCUCAUAAGCUGCUGUUUAAGACGAACAUUCCGUAAAUCCCCAGUGUUUUGUCAACCUUAUUUUUACAGGGCAAACGAAUAGAUAUGCCUCUUAGGAAGCUGCAUUUCUUUGCAAAAGUAACGCGGUUUACCUCCAACAACUCCCUAAGUUGGUGGAAACUAUGAAUAUUGCGUUCGGUCAUUGUGGUAAACCCAAACGAAAAACGAUCAAGACGUAUUGAACUUGCAUAUAGUGCCAUGCGUUUUUUUUAUUAGUUUCAAAUAAACAUGCAUCCAGACAGGUCACUUUUUGCUUCCGCUAACAUGGCAGAGCACUUGGUUUUUAAAUUUUUGUGUGUCUGCACAACAUGUUUUUGGAUUUGAAAGUUCGCUACGCAUUUAUUCUAAUUCACUUAAUUGCACAAUGCGCAGUGUCUUAAUUUACCUAUUUGAGGCAGUUUUCGUUAAAUUUUAGUAAGUUCUGUUGAAUUUUAAUGAAGUUUUCAAGUUCAUUUCGCAGAACAAACACUACGUAUUUUGUCUUUUUAGAACGGAGAUACAGCAAUUUCAAGCUAACAAUAAAAUUAAAGAUUAGCCCUGCUACCGCAGCAAUAAUGAGCAUAUCAGUCAAGGCCCUAAUCAAAAGGAGCAAAUCAGGUAUAGUAAAUAAUUAGUGGUGUAAUCCAAAAUAGACAAGUUCCUCAUCAGCGAACUGGGCAUUGGCAACCCUGGCGCGAAUUUACACCGUGCCGAUCCAAAAUAAGCGUUGGUCGGCAUAAGUGGAAAGUGUUUCUUUUUUGUUAUCUGUCUCCUAUUAUUAUUUUUCCCCGUCUCCGCUUGAUUCUGAAGGGGACUGGCAAUUAGCACACACUUUUGCGUUUAGUCAUUUGAACAGACCCUUCAUGAUUUUUAAGCCCACGAUUCGUUAGUACAGCUAAUUGUUGUACGUCUGCUGAUAUUUGCCAGUAUACCAGUCAAAUACAACGAAAUUACUGGUCACCAAGUCCGACAGAGACAAGGGAGACUAAAAUGGCCGUUUCUGGCAUAUCAGCCGUCGUCGGUCAGCCAUUCCUGAGCCUAAGGUGCGGAACACCUGGGGCUCGAUCCCGCGGCCUUUUGGUUAGAAGUCCAACGCCUCUAAUCACUGAGCCACGGACUCGUUGUCUUGUCAAUUGCAAUCGGAAACAUACACUGCUAGAGGCGCGCUCACCGAUUGUUUUAUGGAACUUACUCCGGGUUGGCUAUCCCUCCUAUAUUGCGUGUCGCUGUGCGGCUGAUGGUUGGGCUCGAGAGAGGGAGAGAUCCAUUAGGCACAACGGGAGGAGUGAAUUUGGUAAAAAUGAUCUGUGAGCGCCCUCUGCCAGUUCAAUGGAACUUUUUCAUAAAAUGCCACAUCGCUAAAUUUUUCCGCCGCCAAACCGUUUAGUUUAUCGCUUGCGCCUUAGUAACUGAGCGUUGGAAUUUAUCUUGUACUCAUGAUUAUCAAAAAUCAAUUUGCCGUUUCAGCAUUCGAACAUUUUUCUAAAGUCUGCUAUAUUGCUUUGUCCCUUUCAGCAUGAAGUUAUUGAAAGCAAUGGUUAUUCAGCUAAAAGUUAUGUAAUCGACACUCCUGACGGUUAUCUACUUACUGUACAUCGUAUCGGCCCAAAGAAUCCAUUUCUAGAAGAAAAGCGAAAGGUCGUUCUUCUGCAACACGGUUUCCUGGAAUCUGCUCAUGUUUGGAUCAGUAAUCUUGCCAAUCAGAGCCUUGGUUUCAUUCUCUCCGACAUGGGAUACGAUGUUUGGAUGAGUAACAGCCGAGGAAGCACCUACUCGCAAUUACACAGAACUCUCGAUUCCAAAAGCGAACAAUUUUGGCAGUUUUCCUGGGAUGAUAUGGCGCACAAAGAUCUUCCUGCAACGAUUGAAUUUGUGCUUAAUCAAACGGGCAAAGACAAGCUCUUUUAUGUUGGUCACUCACAGGUUGGUCUGCCGUAAUAACUUUACGCGCUUUUCCUCCCCGCCUUUUCAUUAGGGCACAGAAAUUGCCUUUGCCAAAUUCAACUCGGAUCCAGUCCUUCGCUCAAAAAUUGCCGCAAUGAUUGCCCUGGCGCCAGUAGCCUACUUAUCCAACCUCAAGAGUUAUGUUCGUUUUUUGUCAGCCUUUUUCAAGGAGAUUGAAUUGUUUGCUGCCGUGUUCGGUCGUGGCGUAUUCAUGCCGUCAUCCUCACUCACUCGUUUUCUCGGAAUCUUACUCUGCAGCAAGCACUCCCUCCCAUUUAUAUGUAGUAAUGUCAUCUAUAGCCUGGCUGGGUAUGACUUCGAAAACACUAACACAGUGAGUUCAGUUCCUCCAUUGUUUUAAUUGACUACUUACAUAUUCUCGGUUAUGCAUGUCAGUCGCAUAUUCGAUGGUACCGUUAAGUCCGUCGGCAAGAUCCUAUCUCGUGGCCGCACCUGUUAAGGUUUAGAGGUAUAGCUUAGGGUUGGGGGUCAGGGGUUUGGGUUACGGGUUAGGCGGGGGCUUGCCUACAGCAGGUGCGGCUACGAAAUAAGAUCCGACCAGUCCGUCGUAAGCGAUCCGGUUUCCGGACCUAAAGACUAUUAUGUGUCCUGGAUGUUGAUUCGGCCUGAUGAUGCAACCAGCAUUGCUGCCGAAAUCAAUCUGUCUUGUCAAAUUUGAUGCAUUGCAUUGGUGAUAAGUGUACCAUGCAGGGGUUACAAAAUGGUGGGUUUCACUUGAAGCUGCGACCAUAAGUGACUCGAUGGAGAAUUAGGUGGAAGUAGAUCUGCCGGAUAAGCGGGGAAAGAUUGGCUUACUACGGAUGGAGAACUAAUCUACAUAACAAAGUUCCGAUGAAUUGUGUCCUCAGGAGACGCGUUGUUUGUAGAGGAAGGGAAAAAUCUACCUUCUACCGGCGAUUUGUCCCGGAUAGUAUAUCUUCGUGAGAAGACAAAGUAUAGUUCUAUCGGCAAUAAUAGGCUGAUCCCUUUGAAUGACACUCCACAUGUCUGCGACCCUAAAUUUAACGCUAUGACAGCAAAGAAAAAGGGAUGCGACAUUAAGAGACAGUUCAUUUUUUAGAAAGAUUUUUUAAAGUACAGUUUAAACUCCGUUCCUGUCUGUCAUAAUCCACAGUUUUUUUCAAGGUGUAGUUGUUUUACUGCCCAAACAGGGCUGAAAACCCCAAAGAAGGCCUGAUGGUCAGAAUGCAUGCUAUGUCCGGUGUAACCGUCAAAUCAGAGAGGCAAAAACGGGCACUGCCGGAUGACUGACGCUCAACUGGCAUUUUUUCGCAUUCCACGGAGUAGUAACUUGACCAGUUCAUGAUACACCAGUCAGCCCUGCCAGGGUACUCCGCUUUAGCAGAGGCCCAUUGAUUGUUCCCUCGGAGAUCCUUAAGCUCCUGACUGUCGGUCCCACUAACGGUUGAUGAUGACGUUUAGUAGGGUGUUCCACACGCCACUUACUCUAUCAGGAAAGGAAUCAUUUGUGUAGCCGUCUUGGCUUCCUAAGGAAAAUGAUUUGUGGGCAUUCACGUAAUCACAGUUUCCUUCCUACCAGCUCUCUUAUGUAAAAUCAAGAAGCGCGUUAGUAUCAUUAGCCUUGCAAUCUCUAUGUCCGCAACAAAGGGACUUUAAAUCCAGCAAUCAUUCUUGGAUUGUUAGGCUGAGGGUAAACUCCUCGUUCAAUUCAUCCGUGUCUCAUCCAUCUUCUUGUUUAAUUUCCGUGCCUUGAGAUACUUUUUUCUUUUAAUUCGCAGACGCGUCUUCCUGUCUACAUUGCCCAUACGCCUGCGGGUGCGUCAGUACGAAAUAUGGUCCACUAUUUUCAGGCAAGUAGUUGAUUCUACCGUUGAACUGAGGCUCCUUUCCUGCGUCAACUGAUCUCGGCUGACUUUCAGAUGAUGCAGGAGACUUUCAGAGCCCAGCUUUGACGGGAAGAUUUCUUACUGAUAUUUUCCUAAGUGUAUGCCAUUGAUGGCGUGGUCGACGCUGAAGAAAAGUCGAACUGCUACAUCGCCCGGAAACGCGCUAGUGUUGUUGGCAGACGGCAUUAAGAACGCGCGUGAGCAGAGGAAUCGUAAAAUUGAGUUUUCCAACUUCUUUAAAGGAGGAAGAAAGGGAGCAGAAAUGUGUGGCCCUGAUGAACAAUCGAGACAGCGCUUCCGAAGCAGACAUUUUAAGGAUGCAGCGCCUAACCCUCUGUCACUGAGUUAGUAUCCUGCGUUCAUGAGAACUUGAUGGCUUCCGUUAGGCGUUCACCUACGGUGGGUGUGCUAACCCAUGAAAUGUUAACCGAGAUCCUCAAAUGGGUUUUCGUUGCAAUAAGAUUACGUAGUAGUGUUUUAAGGUUAAUCACCAUUCAGCAUAUCUCUACAAUAAUUCAGUUACCUCGGGAUGCCACCUUUCGAACGAACUUCUUUCCGGCCGUAUAUCCCUUUUUGUACAAAAUGACAACUUAAGCAACACGAAUGUUUGGAUGCAGAAAUCUCGAAGAAGAAAACAUUGAAAAGAGAGUUUUUUGCAUAAUUGCAUUCUGUCUGUGAUCGCAAUUACAUAAGCAUCAACUCUUAUUUACAGUGGAUGUGCUAUCCCGUGAAAUGUUAGUUAAAACUAUGAAAUUCGUUUUCAUAUCGGAUAUUAAAUAUUAUGUUGCAUGAUGCCAAAACAUCUAAGGCACGCGGGGAUGCCGGUUUUCAGUCGAACUCCUUGUUGACCGUCUGGGUAAACUACAGUCCGUAAAAUAAGCAGUAUGAAGUUGAACGCAUGACACAAAAUCUACAUUCUUCUACUCAUUUGUAAGGAAAUUACGUCUUCUUCAAAUGCUGUACUUGUAAAAUGGACAGCGUGGUUCGCAUCCAUUUCCAAAGGCGCACCUACUUUUUGAAUGCUUCAGUCGAGAACGCCUGGAGAGGAUUAAUUUCGUGAAGAAUAAGACACGAUCGCUGGGACAAGAGCUUUAUUCGCCUGACAUUUCGGAUUCCUGCUCUGACCGAUCAUCAGAGACAAUAGCAGAUACGGGUGGUUCAUGCACAAGGCGCUGCAGUAUGUAUAGGAUGCUGUCACCAUGCUACCGCAUACCUAUGAAUAUUCACGACUCCCUCCAGCACUUGGUGUGCUGGCAAUUUAAUGGCCGACAUUCUCUUCGUUAAUUGCUUCACUUUCAUCACAUGUGUUUGAUGUUUGAUGUGAUGAUUGCUCGACCAUCUGACCCAUCAACCCUGGCGUUAGGAACAGUGUUCACUUGUGUGCUCUCCGUGUGGCUAAUUACUCCGCCUAGGCGAAGUCUCAGCACCGAGUAUGGAAGGGGAGGGGCAUUGCACUUGCUAAUGAACUGGGGGGCCAGUGAACCAUGAUUCAAGUAGCUCCCGGCUCACGUGGUUGUCACCUCUACAAGAAUUUCAGUCUCUUCGAAUUUCAAUUUGUGGUCGGAUCUCGUCGAAUGAGCCGCAACUUGAGAGCUAGCGUCAUUUCUCCGCAUUGCUGCAGCGUGCUCGGUCAUUCGCGUUCGAAGCUGUCUUCCGGUUUCUCCGACGUAGCUGAUUUGUCCGCAACUGCACCAGAUUCGAUAAAUGACUCCGGAAAUUUCUUGUCGGGGCAUCGGGUCUUCUGGUUUCAUUACCUGAUGCUGAUGGUUGUCUCCGGUCUGUGUGCAACUCCAGCUCUCAAGUUGCGGCUCAUUCGUCGAGAACCGGCCACACAUUCAAAUUCGACGGGGUGUAGGCGUGGGACUGAAAGUUCGUGAAUUAUGAUACAAUAGUUCUCGCCCGGCACUACUCUGUCUUCUGCUGAUUGGUCGUCGUAGGCAGGUACUGUGGUUUCGUUGUGGUGUCCUGAGGAUAGGGAAAUUGCUGUGUUUUUUGUCGGUUCCUGCUGCAGCAUAAAUAAGGGGUAUUCGAAGCAGAUGUCGUGCGAAAGCUGCGCGGACUUCUUGUGCACUUGUGGAGAUAACGCUGUUCCUGAGUCGAAACCAAUUCUAAAUCCCCACAGUCUGCAAGAGCAUCCUUAGGCCGAGGCCUCGAAGAAAGCAGAUUCCUCGGAGAAUAAGAAUUUGAGACUAAGAACCUAAGAGAACCACUACCCUUGCUCUGCCCUUGGUUUCACCAUAUCGGAAGAUAGACAGCUGGUCAGUACUGAACAGUCUGCAUGGAGGUCUUCCUGAAUAUUUCCAGAGUAUUGUCAACGUAGAAGCCUUCAGGAGAUUCCUCUAUGAAUAGUGCUCCAUGCCACAGACUCAGUAUAGCUUGUACUACCAUCUCGGAAGAUUAGAUCUACCAGCUUUCGCAGAAGAAUAUCUCUAGCCAAUAUGGUGCUUGAAAAAAUCCAUAAGUAUCCCAUCGUCCUUUUUUAAACCGUCGUCGAGAAUUCAGAGGACGUUCAGUAAGAAAGCAUGAAGUCUUGAAUAAUAUUUCUUACCUGAAUAUAGCAGUGGUCUUCAAGCCUCCUACGAAAGCGGUCAGCUUAAUUCAAGUAAGUACAGUCCCUACAAUGUGACCUUCAAUCUAUCUCUGCCCCUGUUGAAAUGCAAAUUCACGUUAAUGACUUUUUCACGUCCAGAGCAUUUUCCACGGAAAAUUCCAAGCCUUCGACUUCGGAAGGGAAGGGAAUAUGCGUCAUUAUAACCAACCGGUCCCUCCAGUCUACGGUCUCAGCAACUUGGACAUUCCGAUGAAACUGUACUGGGGCGGCGAUGAUUUGUUGGCAACACCAGCGGACGUCCGCAGGCUUCUCGCUGAAUUGCCGAAGCGGCCCUACAUUCGAGACAUGUAUCUGCCGCAUUACAACCAUCUAGAAUUUGUGUGGGGUAUGGAUGCCGCGAGGCUUAUUUACUCGGACAUACUCGACUUCUUCAGAGAAUUCCAGUGA